UCUUCACAAAGCAGAAGGUCGCGCCUGGAGGAAGUGGUUCCUUCGGGACCCGUGGCUGCAGCGCCGUUACUACUUCUCUGAAGCUCCUCUCGGCCACUUGCCGAGACACCCCGCCGCCAAGAUGCCUCGAAUUAUGAUUAAGGGGGGCGUAUGGAGGAAUACCGAGGAUGAAAUUCUGAAAGCAGCGGUAAUGAAAUAUGGGAAAAACCAGUGGUCUAGGAUUGCCUCACUGCUGCACAGAAAAUCAGCAAAGCAGUGCAAAGCCAGAUGGUAUGAGUGGCUGGAUCCAAGCAUUAAGAAAACAGAAUGGUCCAGAGAAGAAGAGGAAAAACUGUUGCACUUGGCCAAAUUGAUGCCAACUCAGUGGAGGACCAUUGCUCCCAUCAUUGGAAGAACAGCUGCCCAGUGCUUGGAACACUAUGAAUUUCUUCUGGAUAAAGCUGCCCAAAGAGACAAUGAAGAGGAAACAACAGAUGAUCCACGAAAACUGAAACCUGGAGAAAUAGAUCCAAAUCCAGAAACAAAACCAGCACGGCCUGAUCCAAUUGAUAUGGAUGAGGAUGAACUUGAGAUGCUUUCUGAAGCUAGAGCCCGCCUGGCUAAUACUCAGGGAAAGAAGGCCAAGAGGAAAGCAAGAGAGAAACAGUUGGAAGAAGCAAGGCGUCUUGCUGCCCUCCAAAAGAGAAGAGAACUUCGAGCAGCUGGCAUAGAAAUUCAGAAGAAAAGAAAAAAGAAGAGAGGAGUUGAUUAUAAUGCUGAAAUCCCAUUUGAAAAAAAGCCUGCUCUUGGUUUUUAUGAUACUUCUGAGGAAAACUACCAGGCUCUUGAUGCAGAUUUCAGGAAGUUAAGACAACAGGAUCUUGAUGGGGAGCUAAGAUCUGAAAAGGAAGGAAGAGACAGAAAAAAAGACAAGCAGCAUAUGAAAAGGAAAAAAGAAUCUGAUUUACCAUCAGCUAUUCUUCAAACUAGUGGUGUUUCUGAAUUUACUAAGAAGAGAAGCAAACUAGUCCUUCCUGCCCCUCAGAUUUCAGAUGCAGAACUCCAGGAAGUUGUGAAAGUAGGCCAAGCAAGUGAAAUUGCACGUCAGACUGCUGAGGAAUCUGGCAUAACAAACUCUGCUUCCAGUACGCUUUUGUCUGAGUACAAUGUCACUAACAACAGCAUCGCUCUUCGAACACCACGGACGCCAGCUUCCCAGGACAGAAUUCUGCAGGAAGCCCAGAACCUCAUGGCCCUGACCAACGUGGACACCCCAUUAAAAGGUGGACUAAAUACACCUUUGCAUGAGAGUGACUUCUCAGGUGUGACUCCACAGCGGCAGGUUGUACAGACUCCAAACACAGUUCUUUCUACCCCAUUCAGGACUCCCUCUCAUGGAUCUGAAGGGCUGACUCCCCGGAGUGGGACAACUCCCAAACCAGUUGUUAACUCCACCCCGGGUAGAACUCCUCUUCGAGACAAGUUAAACAUUAAUCCUGAGGAUGGAAUGGCAGACUACAGUGAUCCCUCUUACGUGAAGCAGAUGGAAAGAGAAUCUCGUGAACACCUCCGUUUAGGGUUGUUGGGCCUUCCUGCCCCUAAGAAUGACUUUGAAAUUGUUCUACCAGAAAAUGCUGAGAAGGAGCUGGAGGACCGUGAAAUAGACGACACCUACAUUGAAGAUGCUGCUGAUGUGGAUGCCCGAAAGCAGGCCAUACGAGAUGCAGAGCGUAUAAAGGAAAUGAAACGAAUGCACAAAGCUGUCCAGAAAGAUCUUCCAAGACCAUCAGAAGUAAAUGAAACUAUUCUAAGACCCUUAAAUGUAGAACCACCUUUAACAGAUUUACAGAAAAGCGAAGAAUUAAUCAAAAAAGAAAUGAUUACAAUGCUUCAUUAUGACCUUCUACAUCACCCUUAUGAACCGUCUGGAAAUAAAAAAGGAAAAACUGUAGGAUUUGCUACUAAUAAUCCAGAGCACAUUGCCUAUCUGGAACAUAACUCUUAUGAAAAGUUCUCCAAAGAAGACCUGAAAAAGGCUCAGGAUGUCCUGGUACAGGAGAUGGAAGUGGUAAAACAAGGUAUGAGCCACGGAGAACUCUCAAGUGAAGCUUAUAACCAGGUGUGGGAAGAAUGCUACAGUCAAGUUUUAUAUCUUCCUGGGCAGAGCCGCUAUACACGGGCCAACCUAGCAAGCAAAAAGGACAGAAUUGAGUCGCUGGAAAAGAGGCUUGAGAUCAACAGGGGUCACAUGACAACAGAAGCCAAGAGAGCUGCUAAGAUGGAAAAGAAGAUGAAAAUUUUGCUUGGGGGUUACCAGUCGCGUGCGAUGGGGCUCAUGAAACAGCUGAAUGACUUAUGGGACCAGAUCGAGCAGGCUUACCUAGAGUUACGCACUUUUGAAGAACUCAAGAAGCAUGAGGAUUCUGCCAUUCCCCGGAGGCUAGAGUGUCUAAAAGAAGAUGUGCAGCGGCAGCAGGAAAGAGAGAAGGAGCUUCAGCAUAGGUACGCUGACCUUCUGCUGGAGAAGGAGACUCUGAAGGCCAAAUUCUGAAGCACAGUUUAUCUUCUGUCACAAGAUGAAUUCACUGCUGGUUUUCCUGCUCUGGAAGGCUGAAACUGAUGUUUAUCUUCAUUGACAAAUUUGCCCAUGAUCGGUGGUUUUUCAGUUGUUUAUUUUAAAUGAUAUCAAUCUUACACAUUCUAUGUAUAAAGACUUUAAUUCCACAGGACAUUUUAGGGUUUAAAUUAUUAAGACGAUCAUUCUUCUAGCAGUGUCGUAUUUUCAAAAUUUUUUUUUUUAGUUUUGGCCUUUAUUUUAAAAGCCUGAUUUUAAAGUGCUGCCUGUGAGUUUACUCUUAAAUAAAAACAAAAUAUAAAAAAUGGAGAAUGUAGCUUUUUGUUUGAAGUAAUUAGAUACUUAGAGUGCCCACAAACCAGGGACUAUGUACACUGUGUCAUAUUUAGUUAGUAACUUCCGGGUAAUCAAAAUGGUGAUCCAAUAUCUUAAAUCCUUACGAGGCGAUCGUUCUGUGGCUUUGUUAGUUUUGACUGUUUCAGCAUAGUGGUCAUUUGUCUAUAUACUGACAAGAUUAACUUUUUAAUACCUAAUUUUUUUUUUCAGUGUAACUUUAGGGAAGGCCUCUUCUCUGCCCAGCUACUUACACAGUUUAUGGGUUAGGACUAAAAAGAUUUAAUUUUUCUUGACCUGUUAUUUUCUUGUAAGUAUUUUUUUGACAAAGGUAUUUUAAAGAUUAAUUUCAACAAGGCUGUGAAACUUUAUUAAAGCUCUGUGUUUAUCUUAACUUAUCACACACAUGUAGAAUUCGGGGAAUGGAUGGGUAGAGGUGGGAAGAUCUUCUUUAUACAGUUUAUAUGAAAUCAUUUAGCGUAUUAUUAGUUGGCUAUAAGUUCAGUACAGGCCAGCAGUGUGUUAGAUUUACCAGAAUAGUUUGCCCAAACUUAGAAUAUUAUGGUCUUAAAAGGGAGGGAGGGACAUUGAUUCAUUCAUCAGAUAUUUAUUGACCAUAUACCCAGCGUCAGAGUCCUGGGGAUACAACAAUGAACAAAAUAGGCGUGGUUCCUGUUUUGUGGAGUCUACACAGUCUACUGAGAAUGACAGACAACUAAACGUCAACUGUUUACUGAGUGACUCUUACGUGCCAUGCACUUACUUAUGUGUUGGAGUUGAACAGCUAUUAAGACAGUUCUUGCUCUCCUGGAGGUGACAUGAUUGGGAGGAGGUACUAAACACACAGGAAGAAGUGUCAGAUCAUGAACUCUAGAUUCUCUGGAGGGAAUUAAAAUAGGUGAUGGGCAAGAGUGACUGUGUGAGUGACUUUCUAGAAGGAGCCGUCCUUGUGACGUUCAAAGGAAGAGCAGUGCCAGCAGGGUGAGUAACUAGCACCAAGGUGUGUGAGGAACAGAAAGGAAGUCGGUGUCACUAGAGUGUCAAGAAUGGCGUUUGCAUAAAGCCUGGUUAUACAGGGCUAUGUUUACAAGGCCACGGUAAGGAAUUUGGGUCUUAUUCUAUGAAGGGAAGCUAUGAGCAGAUUCUAAGCAAAGGAAUAAUAUGAUCAGAUUUGUUGUAGAAACAUCCUGUAGCCAUCCUGUGUAGUAACUUCACUAGGCUGAAGAUAGGGAAGCCAGUUAGUUUAGGAACCUGAUGCAGUAAUCCAGGCAAACAGUGACUCAAACUAGGGCAGAAGCCAUCCAGAUGGAGACAGGUGGGAAGAUUUGAGCUGUAAUAGUUCUGUAGUCUCAUCAGAUUAUAAAUGUAUAUUUUCCUGGUAUCCAUUUAAUUCUAGUACCUUUUCUAGUAAUUUUGCAUGGGUUUUCUAGGAAAUACUUUGCUAUCAUCUAUGAAUAAUGAUGUUUCUUCUAAUUUAAUUUUUAUUGCAUAUUUUGUUGGCUGAAAUCUUUAGGAGAACGUUAAAGAACGAUUAUGAUGGUAGACAUUCUUGUUUUGUUUCUGAUUUUAAUGGAACAGCCAUAAUGUUUUAUCUUUAGGUUGGCUGUUCGGAGUCAGCUAGUCAUUUAGAAAGGAAAUUUCCCGCUAUUUGUAGUUCUUAAAGAAUUUGAAUUAGGUAUGGCUCUGGAAUUUUGUCAGAUACGCUUUUUGGGUAUCUGUUAAGAUGAUCAUAUAGUUUUUUUCAUUUGAUUUCUGGAUGACAUAUUAAUAAAUUUUCCAACAUUGAAUCAUCUUUGAACUCCUGGAAUCAGGUAGCUUAAUUAAAAAAUUUAGACAAAAAGGAUAUACAGUUCACUUGCAUCUUAUGUAAACUUGAAUUAUACGGAUUUAAAAUCAUUGAUCUAAUAAUACUAGUAAAGAUUCACUUUGCUUUCAAAAUUCGACAUAAUGCAUAUAUUUACAGCCUAAAAAAUGACCAAGAAUUACAUAAUUUCAAAACUGGCAGUCUUAGUGUAUUGUAAACUGUUCAUGCUUUUGCCACAUAGCAGUGCUGCUUUGACUGGUAAACAGACAUGCCAUCAUUCUUUGUUACUAUCCUGUCAAGCCCAGGGGUCCCUACCAGCACCACUGUGAGAGUGAUUUUGGUGACCUUUAACAUUCAUAAUGAUCAUAUUCUCUUACAGGCAUUCAUUCAGUGGUAGUGUUAAAAUGUGUUGAAAAGCAUGUUCAAGUCUCAGUAACUUUGUGACAGAAAUUAAAUGUGAUAAAGACCCAAAAGAAACCACCACUGAGUGAGAGUUUUUUUGGAAAUAUUAGAAAUAAUUGUGAGAUAAGAAAAAGCAGUCUCAAAGAAAACAUACAGUACAGUGAUUAUAGACUUACGCUGUCCAGCCUUGUACCCUUCCUAUUUUUACAUUUAUUUUUCUGGGAAAAUUAGUUUUGAAAUACGUGAUGGCCUCUGGAAUGCAUUUUUCCUAAAAUGUGACUGACUGCCUUAUUGGAACUAUGGACUUUGAUUUGCUAAUAUUUUACUUGGGAAAAUUGCAUUUUUGCAUGAGUGAGUUUGGUCUUUUUGGGCUGUCAUCCAAGUUUUGACAUAGGGAUUUUGCUAGCUCUGUAAAGCGGAUAGGAUAACUGUAUAUAUUUUUCUAUGCAUUAAGCAGUUACAUUAUAGCAUGGGAGUGAUUUGUGCCACGAAAGAUUGAAGGACUGUGCUUCUAAAACUUUAGAGUUCAGAGCCCUUUUUGGAAAUAAUUUCUUGGUAAUUAUCAGUUUCUUCUGUGACUGUUAGUACGCCAUCUAUUUUUAAAUUUAAAAUUUUGUUUUAAAGUAUAUUUCUCCUUUUGUGUUUAUUAUGUACUAAAUUUAGAUAAUUUAUACUUUUCUAGCAAACUUCAUUUUUUGAAAUUUAAUACAUUUAUUAGUAGAGAAUUGUAAUAGAGAAUAAGGAUUUCUAUUAAAUUUGCUACUUCCAGGUUAUAAGAAAUUUACCUUCUCUUCGUUCUACCACCAUUUCUUAUUUUUUCCUUGUUUAGACUUGCUAAAGGUAUCUUUUUUUCCCUUUAAAAAGACUAGUUUGGAUUUACUUGUCAAUUGUGAUUUUAUUUUAAAAAUGUAUGUAUUUCUUAUUUUAUGCUUAUUAUUUUUGUUUUCUCUAGAUUUUUUCCCCCCUGUAACUUUUUGAGUCUGAUACUUAUUUUUUGUUUUUGUUUAUAUACAAAUGAAUAUAUUGAAGGCUUUUGCUUAUCUCUAAUUUCAAAUAUAGUCACAGCCCAGCUAUGCUGAUGUGUUUUGUUUUCUAAGUAGUUUGUGUGUUAACAUUUUUGGUUCAAUAAUUAAGAAUAUUUAAAAAU